AUGGUGGUGAAGAACGUCAUGAACAUGAAUCCAGGAGAUGGCGCAACUAGCUAUGCCAACAAUUCUGGCCUUCAAAAAGCAGUGAUGUCAGAAGCAUUGCCUUUGGUAGAUGAGACAUUGGAAGCAAUGUUUUCUGCUGAAAAUGGCUUCCAUGCUAAGUGCUUGAAGUUGGUGGAUUUGGGCUGUUCAUCAGGGCCCAACACUCUUUUCAUCAUCUCCUAUAUCCUGAAUGCAAUUGAAGACUUGUGCAGUAAGAGAAAUAACAGUACUGAUCAUCAUCACUUACCUGAUUUUGAGGUGUUUUUGAAUGAUCUUCCUGACAAUGACUUCAACAACCUCUUCAAGUUGAUUAGGGGUGAGGCGAUUGGUAAGAACAAGAAAAGACGGUGUUUUUUGUAUGGCUUGCCUGGAUCUUUCUACGACAGGCUGUUUUCUGAAAACAACCUUCACUUUGCUUAUUCAUCCUACAGUCUUCACUGGCUUUCUCAGACUCCUGAAGGACUGGAACGUAACAAUAAAGAGAAUAUAUACAUGGCAAGAACAAGUCCUCCAGAGGUAUUUAAAGCAUAUGCGAAGCAAUACGAAAGAGACUUCUCCACAUUUUUGAGGUUGAGAGGUGAAGAAAUGAUAAUUGGUGGACGUAUGGUUUUGACAUUUAUCGGCAGAAGUGUUGAAGAUCUCUCUUGCAAAGAUCAUUUCGCCCAAUUCACUUUGCUUUCACAAACACUUCUUGAUUUUUUAUCUCAGGGACUUGUGAAGAUGGACGAUUUGUACUCACUCAAUGUACCUAUCUACAUGUCCUGUGAAGAAGAAGUGAAGACAUUGAUACAAAAUGAAGGAUCCUUCAAUUUGGACAAGAUGCACGUUUUCCCUGUCCGUUGGGAUGCCCAAGACAACAUACUCAACUAUGAAAAUAAUAUUGUUUUCGAUAAACAAAGGAGUGGGAAAUUGGUGGCAAAUUGUGGUAGAGCUUUAAUGGAACCAAUGCUGACUGCUCAUUUUGAGAGCUCCAUUGUUGAUGAACUGUUUGGAAGAUAUGCAGAGAAAAUGGGAGAGCAUUUGUCCGAACACAAAUAUUCAUCAUAUUACACAAUACUCAUUUCCUUAUCUAGGAAAUGA